AUGAACGCCAUGAUUCCAACAAAAUGGUUUCUUGUGUUUGCAAUGAUGCCAAUCAUGUGCCUUAUGGAACACGAAACAUUGCCGGAAGGUUGCGUACGUGUAAAUCUUGAAAGCUUUCCAAGCACUGAUAAUAUUCGCACGUUACAAAAUGCCCUUGGACUGUAUUGCAACGCCUCAUAUUCAAAUAAGGGACUGGCUGGAAAUUGGAUUGGAAUUGCAGGUCCCGCACUAUCAAAAUGCGAAAUCUGCUGCGUACGUAAAAAUGAAAAUGGGACUCUACUCUAUAAAAUAGCUCAAGCUCCAAACCAAUUUCCCUGUGGGGUGGGCAAGGUAAAGUAUACAUUCUUCUUAAUAGGUUAG